AUGGCGUCCCAAGACAGAGGCAGGGACAGGAUGGGUCGCCGAAUGAGCAGAAAGCGAAAAGAUUCAAGAAGAGAAACGCGAGGCGUGUCUAUGGACGUACCGGAGCGCUUCCGCGAUGGGGACGAUGCACAGGAGGAUGUCACGGCGCCGAAGCGGAACAAUACCAUGUCGAUGAACCAGUCGCUCUUCUCCAUGAUAACCCGCGCUGGCCAACAGUCGCAGACGGACCUGGGCACGAUGCAAGAAGUCGACUCCGGCGAUAGCGACGACGGAGGCAAGCAGAAGGCAACCUACCGCAACCUCGACGGCGCAGCACGACUAAGUCGCUUGAGCUCAGCCAACGACUUCCAGAGUCAGGCUGGAGACUUGGAUGGGCCAACGGUAGGGAAGGGAAAGCACAGGCGCACACUAUCCGAGAACAAACUAUUGCGCUCCUUGCCGAAGUUGAAGCUCUCCAGCCGGAAGGAAGCACGCUCCGACAGCCGCCGCGCCGAUCAGAUGUCCUCCUCCCAGUUUCUCCCCCCGAAACCGUCACCCGAUGACCUUCCGACCCCGCCGAGCGACCCGCUGCCGAAGACCAAGGACAAGACCAAGAUCGCGGCUGGCGAGGAUACACAAGUAGACAAAGGGAGGAGCUCGGGUCGAAGAAGUAGACAUGGGAGCUCCGCCGGGCUUGCUAAGAGCAAAGCCCCCGUCACGCUUGCUCAGAGGAUACAGCAAAUAUUCGAAUUUGAAGAGGUGGAGGAAGUCAUAUCCGAGUAUCCAUGCUGGCUGCUCCAAAGCAUCCUGCUGCAAGGGUACAUGUACAUUACCCAGAAGCACAUCUGCUUCUACGCCUAUAUACCCAAGAAACAUCACGACGUCAGCAAAACAGGCUACCUCGCCAAGCGCGGCCGUUCAAAGUUCAACCGCUACUGGUUUGUCCUCCGCGGCGACGUCCUCGCAUACUACACCAACCCCACCGAACUCUACUUUCCCCGCAAUCGAAUCAACUUGCAAUACGCCAUAUCCGCUGAAGUCCUCGAGUCCACAAAGAAGGGAGAAGAAGAGACUAGCUUUACCAUCACUACGGAUGAGCGAAAGUAUCUGUUCAAAGCUGACAGUGCGGCGAGUGCCAAGGAGUGGGCAAGGAGUAUCCAGAAGGUCAUAUUCCGAACGCAUAAUGAGGGCAAUAGCGUCAAGAUUAGCUUGCCGAUUCAGAAUGUGCUGGAGAUUGAGGAGAGCAGUAUUCUGGAUUUGGCGAAUACGGUUAAGGUGAGGGUUAUUGAUAAUGAUGAGACGUUUGCUAUUGAUGAGUACUUCUUCUCGUUCUUCAAUCAGGGACAAGACGCGCUCAACGUUCUACGCAUCAUGAUUAAUGACAAUGAGCACCACCAGGCCUUGCAGCAAGGUGGUGACGGCGAGGCAUCUACGCGAACCGGUCAACGCGAAUCUGUAGCAUCGCCAACUACCACUGCUGAGACGCCACAUAUACAAGAAAACGUUCGCGCCACGCUUUCGCCUUUGCAGGUACCGCAUGCAGCAAGGUCGAGCAUAAGCGAUGUAUCUGCUCGGUCUAGCAAUGAUGCCAACAGGAGGAGCUGGGACGUGCGACGUAGCGUGGACGCGAGCCGCACCUUUCGACGGCCGAGCGGCGAGGCACGAAGACCAAGUAAUGAAGCGCGACGAAGCUUCAGUGGUAGAGGUCGUCCAGGAGACCGAACUCCUCUGUCGCCUAGAGGAGCGGAUUCUGAGUCAGCCAACCUUUCACUCGAUCGGGGUACCGAGUCGUCGGUCGCCAUACAAUCCAUGGACGAAAGCAGCGCUUCUGCCUCUCAAAUACUGGACCGCUCUGACUUAUUCCGUGGUCCCGCCAAUCACGCAAUCAACGCGCCUUUACACAAGCUAGACACUCAAACCAGAGAUUCACAGGACACAGCGCGUUCGGGUCAACCGAAAUCCGCAAACACUGCGAAUCGCUCAAAGCAACCCCAAACACCGACAGGCGCGCCUGAUCUGGAAGACGAUACUGACACUAGCGCCCAACCUCGCCUAUCAGGGUCCUCCUCCGCUCUACAGGAUCUCGCCUCCUACCCGCUUCAGAAGGCGUCGGGCCUAGCGGGAUUCUUCAGGACCCGCUCGAAGAAGAUGGGUAAUCUACUCGCGACAGAAUCCAUGGGUUACUACGAGAAGGUGUCUGGUAUGCUCGCAGGCGGGCGAAAGCAUUAUACCACUGCCGACGGACUGGAAACUGGAGAUCAGGUUCAUGGGUUCGAGGACGACGAGGACGCGGCGAAGGCGGCGGAAAACUUUCAAAACCACUUCGCCUUCCCUGACACCGAGGUGUUGCAGUCGUCGUUUUUUGCGUCGCUGCAGCGCGUCCUACCAAACUAUGGCAAGAUUUAUAUCAGCGGGAACUACUUUUGUUUCCGCGGCCUGCUGCCUACGUCCAAGACCAAGGUUAUUAUCCCCAUGCGGGAUAUCGAGAAUGUCAACAAGGAAAAGGGCUUCCGACUGGGCUACCAUGGUCUUGCCGUCGUCAUCAAGGGCCACGAAGAGCUCUUCUUCGAGUUCUCAAAGGCCGAGUAUCGCGAUGAAUGUGCCAUCAUGGUGCACCGCGUUCUGGAGAACAACAGGUACCUCGAAGAUGAGGAUUCGUCUUCUUCGGGCGUCGACAGUGAGGACGAGGCUGCAAAGGCGGAGCAUGACCUGCUUCAACAGGCUCGCGACCAUACCGACACAGACAAGAAGGUGGAUGUAUCGGAAGUCGUGCGCGCUGCGGAGCGCGAUCGUAUUCCCCUCGUAUUCGACGACCCUCUUGCCUCUAUCAUCGAUUUCAAGCCCGCGGAGGCGCUGAAUAUUGUUUGCCUUACCAUCGGAUCUCGAGGCGACGUGCAGCCCUACAUUGCGUUAUGCAAAGAGCUAAUCAAGGAGGGACACAAGGCGCGUAUCGCGACUCACGCCGAAUUCGAGCCCUGGGUGCGAAAGCAUGGUAUCGACUUCGCGGUCGUCGACGGCAACCCAGCCGAGCUCAUGCGGAUAUGUGUCGAGCACGGCAUGUUUACAGUCGGCUUCCUGAGAGAGGCCAACGCCAAGUUCCGCGGAUGGCUCGAUGACGUGUGUAGUUCUGCCUGGCGGGCAUGUCAAGGUGCAGACCUGAUUAUCGAGAGCCCGAGCACCAUGGCUGGAAUCCACAUCGCAGAGGCUCUAGAGGUCCCGUACUUCCGCGCCUUCACGAUGCCAUGGACGCGCACGCGAACGUACCCGCACGCAUUCGCUGUCAUGGAGAACAAGCAGGGCGGCAGUUACAAUCAAUUCACGUACGGAAUCUUCGACAAGAUGUUCUGGCUAGCAAUCUCCGGCCAGAUCAACGCCUGGCGACGACGCGAGCUGGGACUUCCAGCCACGACCAUGCGUAAGAUGCAGGCGCACACGCGCCCCUUUCUGUACAACUUCAGUCCUCACGUCGUACCGCCACCCUGGGACUGGCCCGACUGGGUCCGUGUCACCGGAUACUGGUUCCUCGACGAGAGCGAGGGCUACGAACCUCCCGCUGACCUAACUGCCUUCAUCAAGAAAGCGCGCGACGACGGCAAGAAACUCGUCUACGUAGGCUUCGGUUCCAUCGUCAUCGACGACCCCGCCGCCCUCACAAAAACAGUCGUAGACUCCGUCCUCAAAGCCGACGUCCGCUGCGUCCUCUCCAAAGGCUGGUCCGAUCGUCUCGAAACCAAAGACGCAUCUAAACCUGAAAUCCCCCUCCCGCCCGAAAUCUUCCAGAUUCAAUCUGCGCCUCACGACUGGUUGUUCAAACAGAUGGACGCGGCUGUGCACCAUGGUGGGAGUGGGACUACAGGAGCUAGUCUGCGCGCUGGUAUACCGACGAUUAUCAAACCGUUUUUUGGGGAUCAGUUUUUCUUUGCACAACGCAUUGAGGAUCUUGAUGUGGGAAUCUGGCUCAAGAAGGUCAAUACUAGUGUUUUUAGCCGUGCGCUUUGGGAGGUUACGAAUAAUCAAAGGUAUAUUGCCAAGGCUAAGGUUUUGGGGCAGAAGAUUAGGAAGGACAACGGCACUCAAGUCGCCAUCCAAACCAUCUACCGCGAACUCGACCGCGCACGCACGCUUAUCAAGACACAAGGCAAACAGCCCGGUUACGACGACGCCGACGCCACGGACGAUGGGUUCGGCGGCGAAGACGACUGGACGAUUGUUGAGGAGGGCGAGGAAGCUAGUCCUUAUGUGGUCAAGGACCCUGUCGCGGGGAUGGGACAGGAUGCGUCGAGGAUGGGGGGCGGCAGUUUGGUGUUGGGAAGUAUGGUACUCAAAGCGAAGGGGAAGACGGCGAAGACGGCGAAGGGGGAGGAGUGA